CACUUCCCGGGCUUGGCGCUGGAACAAGACUCAGAGACGCCCGCGAAGCGAUCCUCUUGCUGCCGCUAUGGCCCAGCCGGGACGGCCUGCAUAUAAUAGCCUUACUAGAGCCGGGCAGCCGCCGCCGCAGCCGUAUAGCAAUGGUCCUGUGCCAGGCUCAUUGAUGAAUUCAUCACACUUAUCAGAUGGACAGGGACAUAAUUCUUUGAUCCCAAGCAUGUAUACUCAGCAAAUUGCAACAAAGAAUCCUCUGCAUGCCACCUCCGGACAAUAUAGCCAUGGUACAUCUUGGAAUAUACCUUCUGGUCAGACUCUUAAUAGAACCCCAGUGGGGUCUUCUUUGACAACAUCACAGCCAAGUCCUGUUGCCCAAAUGCCUUCUUUGUUGCAGAACUCAACUGCUAUAUCAACUUCUGAUGGUAGUUUUUAUUCUGGAAAUAAUCUCUCAGCUAAUUCAAACUGGCAAUAUGUGCAGAAUCCUUUGACUCAACCUAAUGUAGGUUCUCAACCGAAUCAUUUUGCUCACGCGGUAACUUCACCGUUGUUGCCAUCAGGGAAUACAAAUUUGCCCACAAACUAUCAUUAUGUUUCUUCUGCUGGAGGUCCUCCAGUUCAAAACACCUAUACAAGGCAAGUUCCACCUCCUUUAGGACCGUCUGCAGUUGGAAGUCCAGUUUAUACACAUCCCUCUGCUCCCCCAUUAGCUCCUCCCCCAGUAAGCACUGCAUCCCAGGCUCUACAAAACUCAGCAAGUAUGCAAGAAGGUGAUACUACAUGCUCUGCUAAUGAUGGACUAUCAGUCCAGAAUAAUUACGAUGCAAUAGAAGGAGGUGGUUUCCUGGCAACUCCACAUGCUCCUGCUCCUCAAAAUAUUAAAGUGAACAAACAUGUUGGGACUGCUUAUCCCAGCUUGCCCCCAGGCUACCAAAAUGCUUCUCCACCUGGAGGACCAAGAAUGCAGUAUCCAGGAGGACCUCAACAAUUCCCUCAGUCUGGCUUGGGAGUAAAUACCUUAGCUGCAUCUAUGGGUGGACUAAGUCUUCAGCCUGAAGGAUUAAGACCUAUCAACCUUCUUCAAGAAAGAAAUAUUCUUCCUGCAACCCCCUUGCAAGCACCCAUUCCCCAUGUGCAUGAAGAUAUUCAGAAGCUCAACUGCAAUCCCGAGUUGUUCCGGUGUACCUUGACUAACAUUCCUCAGACUCAGGCCUUACUGAAUAAAGCCAAACUUCCCCUGGGGCUUCUGCUUCACCCUUUCAAAGAUUUAUCGCAAUUGCCUGUAGUAACUUCUAGUACAAUUGUGAGAUGUCGCAGCUGUAGAACGUAUAUCAAUCCUUUUGUCAGCUUCCUUGAUCAAAGGAGAUGGAAAUGCAACUUGUGCCACAGAGUGAAUGAUGUUCCUGAAGAGUUUAUGUAUAAUCCUGUGACAAGAGUUUAUGGAGAACCUCAUAAAAGACCUGAAGUUCAAAAUGCCACUAUUGAGUUUAUGGCUCCUUCUGAAUACAUGCUACGUCCACCUCAGCCUCCUGUGUACCUCUUUGUAUUUGACGUGUCACAUAAUGCAAUAGAAACAGGAUACUUAGAUACUGUCUGCAAGACUUUGUUGGACAAUCUAGAUCUACUCCCAGGGAACACUAGAACAAAAAUAGGCUUCAUAACAUUUGACAGCACAAUCCAUUUCUAUAGCCUCCAGGAAGGUCUCUCACAGCCUCAAAUGUUAAUCAUUUCAGAUAUUGAAGAUGUGUUUAUACCCAUGCCGGAAAACUUAUUAGUAAAUUUAAACGAAAGCAAAGAGCUGAUUCAAGAUUUAUUGAGAACUUUGCCUCAGAUGUUUACUAAAUCUUUGGAAACCCAAAGUGCUUUGGGACCUGCACUACAGGCUGCCUUUAAACUUAUGUCACCUACUGGGGGUCGGAUUACUGUCUUCCAAACUCAGCUUCCAUCUUUAGGAGCAGGUGUCCUCAAACCACGGGAAGAGCCUAACCAAAAAGCAUCCACAAAGGAUGUUCCUCUGACACCAUCUACUGACUUCUAUAAAAAAUUGGCCUUGGAUUGCUCAGGACAGCAGGUUGCAGUUGACUUGUUUCUUCUUAGUGGGCAGUACUCUGACUUGGCUUCAUUAGGAUGUAUAUCAAGGUAUUCUGCUGGUAGUGUCCAUUAUUAUCAAGCUUACCAUCAUCAACACAAUCCUCUUUUGGUGGAAAAAUUACAGAAAGAACUAAAGCGAUAUUUAACUAGGAAGAUUGGCUUUGAAGCUGUCAUGAGGAUAAGAUGUACCAAAGGCCUUUCAAUUCACACCUUCCAUGGCAACUUCUUUGUACGGUCAACUGAUCUAUUGUCUCUGCCAAACGUGAAUCCUGAUGCAGGAUAUGCUGUCCAAAUGUCCGUAGAGGAGAGCUUGACAGAUAUGCAAGUGGUCUGUUUUCAGUCAGCCCUCCUAUAUACAUCUAGUAAAGGUGAAAGAAGAAUUCGUGUCCACACACUGUGUUUACCAGUUGUAAGCCAAUUGAGUGAUGUUUAUUUAGGAGCUGAUGUACAAGCUAUUACAGGCCUUUUAGCCAAUAUGGCUGUUGAUAGGUCAGUUUCUGCAAGUUUGAAUGAUGCUCGAGAUGCAUUGGUGAAUGCUGUAAUAGAUUCUCUUUCUGCAUACCGCUCAUCUGUUCUAACCAUUCAGCAACCAGGUCUUAUGGCUCCUGCAUCAUUGCGUCUGUUCCCAUUGUUUAUCCUGGCUCUCUUAAAACAGAAAGCAUUCCAAAGUAAAACAAAUACCCGUUUAGAUGAACGCAUCUUUACAAUGUGUCAAGUGAAAAGCCAGCCAUUAGUGUACCUCAUGCUUAUUAUGCAUCCCAAUCUGUAUAGAAUUGACAAUCUCACAGAUGAGGGAGCCCUCAACAUUGGUGACAGAACAAUACCUCAGCCACCCAUUCUUCAGCUGUCUGUAGAAAAGCUAAACCGGGAUGGUGCUUUUCUUAUGGAUGCUGGUUCUGUCAUGUUCUUAUGGGUUGGCAAGAAUUGCGGACCGAACUUUAUAAGCCAAGUACUUGGAGUCCCAAACUAUGCAUCAAUACCACACAAUAUGACGCAUCUUCCAGAAUUGAACACAGCUGAAUCUUCUAGAGUGCAUGCUUUUAUUUUCUGGCUAAGGGAGCAAAGGCCUUUCUUUCCUAUAUUAUAUAUUCUAAGGGAUGAGAGUCCGUGGAAACCAAGUUUCCUACAAAAUAUGAUAGAAGACAGAACAGAAUCUGCAUUAUCAUACUAUGAAUUUCUUUUGCAUAUUCAGCAAAAAAUGAAUAAAUGAGCUCUUUUCUUAAAUGGUUCAUCUGCUCAAAGGAAUGUACCUCCGUGCAGAACUCUUAUUCCUGUAACGCUCCUAUAAGUUGUUGGCCUGGUGCAGUUGAUGAAAAUCUCACUGUGAUUCCCCCCUCUUCUCCCCCCCAAAAAGGAAAAAGAAAAGCAAAUAAAGGACCGUGGAAUCAUUAA